AACAACUCAGCGGUUCGCUGGCUGGCUGGGGGAGUGCAAGCAUUCAUCUUCCUAGGAGAACGAGGAGCGUUGCAGGUACAGUCCGCCGUCCAUAUAGUAAGUACAUAUGGACUCCAGCCAAUGAGGCUUUGAAGCGAGGGCAAGCGACGUCGUCCGCUACUUCCGUUGAUGAUGUGUACGAGAGAAAACAGAAAAGAAUAAACGUGGCGUACGGUACGCGUUACAUCAACAAUGCUUCUCAUUUUCCACAUCGACUGGUCGCCCACAAGUGCCAUGGCUGCAUCGAACGUCCACGAAAUCACCCGCCGCCUUGACGCCCUGCCGACCCCUGGUCUGCUCAGCAUCAGCGGCCACUACUGGGGCCUCCUUGCCAAGACCGGGUUUGGCUGGGCUAUGGACUCGAUGGACACGUUUGUGUUCAUCUACCUCGGCCUAGCUCCUGGUGGAUGGGGCACGGACCUGGGCAUCUCCCCCACGAGCCAAGAAGCCGGUCUCCUCGGUUCGGCGGCCUUUGCCGGGUCUCUCUUUGGCUCGUUUCUGUUUGGCCAGUUGGCCGAUCUCUACGGCCGCAAGCCCAUGUUCAUGGUCACGCUGCUCGUGUUUAUGGCCGGUACCCUCCUCUGCGGCGUGUCCGAUGGCUUUGCCACAUUGCUGGUGUUCCGGUUCCUGGCUGGGUUUGGCCUGGGCGGCGAGUUGCCCGUGGCGUCGGCGCUCGUGCAGGAGAUGGUCCCUACGUCCGUCCGCGGCCGCAUCAUCGUCAUCCUCGAGUCGUUUUGGGCCGUGGGGUGCAUGAUUGCCGUGCUGCUGUCGUUCGAACUGGUCAAAUACGUGAGCUGGCGCGUGAUCUUUUACAUUUCGUCGAUUCCUGCCCUCUACGCGAUUGUCAUCCGACUGUACGUGCCCGAGUCCCCCAAGUGGCUGGCGUCCGUGGGCCGGAUGGACGAAGCGGAAGCCAUCGUCGGUCGCAUCGAAGCUGCGCACGGCGUCGUGGCCAACAAGGACGAUACCAAGGCUGACGUGGCAGCCCCAGAGCUGUCCAUUUGGACCAACUUGACGCAGUGGGAACGCGUGGGCAUGCUCUUCCAAGGCGAGUUCCUGUCCCGAACCAUCGUGCUGUGGACGGUCUGGACGGGUAUUUCGUUCUCGUACUUCUCCAUUUUCAUCUGGCUGCCCCUCUUGCGAGCGUCCGAGUACAACAUCAACCAGUCCACGUGGGAAAUGCUCUUCAUCGUGUUUUGGCAGCUGCCGGGGUACUUUUCCGCGGCGUACGUUGUCGAGGUCUUUGGCCGCAAGUUGACGCUGUUUGUGUUUUUGAUUGGGUCGUUUGCAUCGGCGCUGGCGUUUGGUUACGUGGAAGCGUCGCAGUGGAACUUGCUCAUCACCGCGUCGUUCAUGUCGUGGUUUAUGCUCGGAGCGUGGGGGGCUUUGUACGCGUACACGCCUGAAAACUACCCCACCAACAUCCGAGCCAUGGGAUGUGCGUACCCUGGCGGAGUGUCCCGCGUCGGCGCCAUUGCAGGCUCGUACAUCGUGCCCAUCAUGCUGGGUGCUGGCUGGGGCAUCAAGACCAUCAUGUGGGUAGCUGGAGGCGUGCCUCUCAUCUUCAUCGCGCUGGUGUUGCUGGCAAUUGGCUAUGAAACUCGCGGUCAGGACUUGGAGUCAUGCCCUCGCGUUGAAGCCAUCUUGAAGGAGAAGUUUGGCCAAUAUGGGAUUGUUUCUCCUGUGGAUGAUCGAAAGGACUCCGAGUAGUAAAAAAACAGAAAUUCCGUCGUAUGUUGGUCAAAACUUGACUUGUGAUUGGCUUAAAAUUCGAAUUAUCUACUGUUUUGACGACCAA